AUGGCUUCUUCUUCUUCCUCUUCCUCUUCCUCUUCUUUGUCUUCUUCUUUCCGAUCAGCAGUGACGGCGUUGAUCUGCAUCUGCAUCCUCUCGACAGAAGCGUCCAUGGGGGAGGUGGAAGACGUGCACGACCUGCUCCCAUUGUUCAACCUCCCCAAAGGUCUUCUUCCAAUGGACAUCAAAUCCUACUCCCUCUCCCCAUCCGACGGCUCCUUCAGAGUGGAGCUCAGCUCCCACCCCUGCUACGUCCACUUCGACGCCAAUCUCGUCUACUACGACAAAAUCAUUACAGGAAAACUAGGGUUAGGAAAAGUCACCGAGGUUUCUGGAAUUCAGGCGAAGAAGCUCUUCCUCUGGGUGUCGGUCACCGCCAUUGCCGUCGAUGGUGAGAUGAUCGAGUUUCGUGUCGGAGCUCUCUCCCAGAAGUUCCCCGUCGAGGAUUUCCAGGAUGUCCCACCCUGCUCUGCCAAAGCCCUCCAACUUGCUCGUGCUUCUUCAAUUUGAAUUUGAUUAAUAAGGAUUAUGAUAAAUUGGUAGAUGGAUAUGGAUGUACUUCUUUGAUUUAUGAAUUUACUUAUAAUUUCCACUCAAA